UCCGUGUUCCCGCCGAACAGCAGCUCAUUUCAUUUUCUGCUGUCAGACGGGUUCAGACCUCCGAAUCAUCUGACCGGUUCGGCCCAGAAACAACCGGACCAACCAGAGUCCAGGUCAGCGGGCGUCCCGGUUCCGACAGAACUCCGAGGGAAGUAGGACUCCCCCCUCCCCGGCCUGUAGCUGGAAGCUCCAUCCGGAUGUUUGUUAAAGAGUAUAAGUAACGGGGUCGUCCCUCGUCUUGGCUCUCUGCUGCGGGUUGCGUACCAACGACRGCUCUCCAGUCUUUGUGUCACGGCCGGAGCAGAAUGAAGGAGGAGAACCAAAUCCCAGAACCGGACCUCCAGAACCCAGAAACGGACCUCCAGAACCCAGAAAYGGACCUCCAGAACCCAGAAYCGGACCUCCAGAACCCAGAACCGGACCUCCAAAACCCAGAACCGGACCAGCCAACUCUACACACCAGCCUCCAGACCCAACCGGGUCUUUCAGUUCAGGAACAGACCGGCGCUCUGACCUCACCGUCUAAAAGGACGGCUCGUCGUCGGACUGGGACAGGGCCGCUCAGCUGUGGCCAGUGUGGAGCCAUUUUUCCAGUCAAAGCCAAAUUACAGAGACAUCAACGAAUCCACACCGGAGAGAGACCAUUCAGCUGCAAGCAGUGUGGGAAGUCUUUUAUUGAUAAAGGAACCCUUCGGAACCACGAACGGCGCAUUCAUCAGGAAGAAAAGCCCCACAGUUGUGACCAAUGUGGAAAUAGCUUUGCAUUGCUUUCCAGUCUGAAAAUCCACCAAAGAAUUCACUCUGGGGAGAGACCGUACAAGUGUGACCGCUGUGGAAAAACCUGUCGGCAAAGAGGCGAUUUACUGCGUCACAUUGUGACACACACAGGUCAGAGAGCGUUUAAAUGUGAAGUAUGUGGCAAAGCGUUCAGUCGCUUAGGGACCCUGGAAGGGCAUAUGAGAACGCACACCAAAGAGAAACCGUACAGCUGUGAUCAGUGUGAGAAACGGUUCAGUAAAAGGUUUGGUCUGGUGAGUCACAGGCGAUCCCACACUGGAGAGCUGCCCUACUGGUGUGAGCCCUGUGGGAGGCGCUUCGCUCACAAGUCCAGUCUGAGGAUGCAUCAGAAAUCUCACAGCAACUGAGAAGGAGCCAUUUUGUUUUUAAUAAAUUCUCUUUGAGAUAAAUGGGCUGAAUGGAGAUUUGGAGAAAACUUUCAGUUGAUCUCUGGGAUAAGGAAUAAGCACUUGUUCUUUGCUGAGAGUCAAAGUUUCAAGGAACAAAUACUUUACUGAACAUCUGCAGAUGGAGAAACGCAUUGACAAUGUCAGACUGAGCUCCCAUUGGCUGAGGAGACGUCCUCUCUCUCUGUUCAGCUCUUAUCAGGUCACAUGCAGCUGUGAAUGGAAACAUCAACAUGUCGACCAAUCCUGAGAACUUUCUGACAACCAAGUUCUUAUUCCCAGAAAGUGAAAGUUGUGGUGAACCUCAUGAUGUCAGAGAUGGAUCUAUAGGUGAUUCUCUGCAUGUCCUGUAAGGAUGUGUCAAUAUUUACCCAAUGAUCAGUUAAUGUUCCAGCUGAUGUCCUUGUUCUCUCUUCAUAGGUGCUAAAAGCUGAGCUUUAUCUGAGACAUGUAUGUUUAGAGAGAAUUUUGGAAACUUAAGUUUUUCUUUAGUUUUCAGGUUCAUUUCAGGAAAAUGAACCUGAAAAUUUUCUGGUUCAUUUUCAACAAACCUGAACAUCCAAAAACUUUCUUACAAAUGUUAGUUUUUCAGGUUGAAA